AUGAUACCAAAAUUGCCUUCUGAUGAUGAAAAUCCUCUUAAUAUUCAAAAGAGAAUUGAUGACUCUGAUGAUUAUGAAGAGGAUGUAUCAUCAGAAUACGAGUUUUCCGAAAUUCAAUUUCUUGAUUCAUCAAUUGAAUUGAUAAAUCAAGAUGAACUUGCUGAAGUCAUCAAGUUGGCUAAAAACAAAAACAUUCUUCCAGCUUUUACUGAAUCAAGUCAACAAUAUUUAUUAUCAUUAUUACAACAGGAAGCAUGUUACGGAGAAUAUGCAUAUCAGUUACUAAAACUGUAUCAAAGAGCCAAAAUCAUCUCAAGUUUAAACUGUAUUGAAGAAAUUUGCAAAUCCGAAAAAUUUAGUAAUCCAGAAAUCAAAUUUAUUAAUCAUUACUGCGGUAACAGAGUCUCUAAACUCAUUUGCAACGAAAAUUUUAUAUCAAAACUAUUAAAUAAUUUAGAUAUAUAUCCUUCAAAGGAUGAAUACAUAUUUGAACUGCUUAAUAACAUUAUACGAUUUGCAAUCACACAAUUCAAACCAUUUUUGCCAGUUCUUGAAGAAAAAACUUUAAUUUCACCAAAAUAUUUUAAUCAGUUUCUUGAUGCAAUUGGACAUUAUGCUAUCAAAACUGCAGAUGAUGUUUUGGCUCUUUUUCAGUCCAAUUUUUUGAAGAAAUUAUGA